UAACUUGAGACGAGGUAGGAACUAAUAGUUAGAAAGCCCAGUGAAACACCGGAGUUCCUAUUCGACAACAUCCUGUCGUGUGUCAGGUCAAAAUGUUCACUCUGAGAGGGUUACAGAGGCUAAAACCUGUUUUAUCGCCGCAUGGAAACACAAGUUUGAGAAGUGUCACAACCUCUCCAAAUGUGGUCCAACAAAAAGAUGACAUGCUCGUGAAGAUGGAAAACCCGUACAAAGAACCGCAGAAAAAAUGCGUCCUCUGCAGUGUGGCAGUGGACUACAGAAACAUCCAGCUGCUCUCCCAGUUCAUCUCACCUUACACGGGCAGAAUUUACGGCCGACACAUCACAGGCCUGUGUGGGAGAAAACAGAAGGAAAUCUCCAAAGCGAUAAAGAAGGCUCACGCCAUGGGUUUCAUGUCGGUGACUCACAAGCAUCCAGAGUUCAUGAGGGACCCCAACAUCUGCAGCGUCAAACAUCUGGAUUAGCAGAUCAGUGUGUGUGUGCGCGCGUGUGUUCAGUCUGUUGUCUCCUGUUUAUUAAAGUGUCACUUCUGA